AUGGCAAAACUAACGUCUUCACAGCGCGCCGCGUUUAUUCGCUACCAACUCCAACAACAGGGUAUGCCUGUAGACGAAGCUCCGGAAGAUGACGAAGCCCGCGAGACGUAUAACUUUCCACCCGGAGCAUACGGCCUCGUCUACCGAGCAGACGUCCCCGAUCACGGUAUUCGAGACGCUCAUGAGUCGGAAGCAAGUGAUGAGGCUACCGAAGGAGGCCAAGAACCGCCACAGUCAACUGAACCUACAUCCACGGAGGCCCAGACAUUCAAAUACCAGAUCAAAGUUAUGAAAUGGGGAUUGAUUCCAUUCUGGACAAAACGUGCUCCCGACUACGGCUCCAUGCUGCGGACAAUCAACUGUCGAGACGACUCAUUGCUUGAAAACCGUGGAAUGUGGAAUACCAUGAAGCAGAAAAAGCGCUGUAUAGUGAUCGCACAGGGUUUCUACGAGUGGUUGAAGAAAGGACCUGGCGGAAAAGAGAGAAUCCCCUACUUCGUCAAGCGAAAAGACGGUAACCUGAUGUACUUUGCCGGACUAUGGGAUUGUGUUAAAUACGAAGAUGCGGAAGAGAAACUGUACACUUACACCAUCAUCACCACAGAUUCGAACAAACAAUUGAACUUUCUACACGACCGAAUGCCGGUCAUUUUGGACCCAGGCACCGAUGAGAUCAAAAUGUGGUUGGACCCAACGCGAAACAAAUGGUCGAAAGAGCUUCAAGCCCUUCUGAAACCCUACGAGGGCGAACUUGAGUGCUACCCAGUCGACACGGCCGUGGGCAAAGUCGGCAACAACUCUCCCAGCUUCAUUGUCCCCAUCGACAGCAAAGAGAACAAGAGGAAUAUUGCCAACUUCUUUAGCAAUGCCAAAAAACCGAGAGACACGGUUGAAGAGACCGGAGUCGAAAAGGAGCCAGAAGAGAACAGGACCACUGUUGAGAAAGACGGAAGCGAGAACAACGCACCGCUUCCCGUGCCCACCAGUCCACCUCAAGAACGUCCUGGACCAAAACGAGCACAUGCCGAUGAAGCCGAAGAUGGUCCGAUGAAGAAGUACACCAAACUUUCAUCCUCGCCGACGAAACUCACCUCCCCGCUCAAAUCUCCUGGCGGCAAGAAACCCAAGAGUGCGACGAGUAACAAGGACAUGACAUUAAAGACCAGUCCUUCAAAGAAAGUGGAAGCUGGUACACAGCGAAUCACGAAUUUCUUCACAAAGUGA